AUGUGCUCCUCCUUUUCUGAGCCAAGCACUAGUUCCAAGAACCCGCCUGCUGCUCUGGCCAUCCUCAAGCCGCGCCAAGAACCUUUGUCUACUAACUUCUCCGCCUCAAGUCAUACCAAGAUCCGAAGAUUCGUUGCUCAGUUCUCCAGGAGCCUUUACGUUGAGUACAAAGCCAAAGGGAUUGACGUGCAGUGCCAGGCACCGUUCUUCGUGGCGAGAAGAAUGGUGUCGAGCCUCGUGCAGGCCCGGAGGCUCUCGCCGUUCGUCCCAACGGCGGACGCGUACGCCCGGGCAGCGGUGCGCUGGAUCGGGCACGGCCCGCUCUGCACCCCCGUCGUCGGUCACCAACUCCUGUGGUGCCUCGCCGGCGUCCUGCCGGACGCCGCGCACGACUGGCUCCGCAUGCGCGAGCACCUGCGGCAGAGGGCUGCGUUUCAGAGAGUGAGAGCGUCCAGGGCGUCGGCAGCUGGGCGUGGAGUGGAAUUGACAUCCGCCAAAAGUUGA